UACGUGGGGAUGUUUGCACACUGACGCGGAGCGGGCUGCACGUGGUUUACAAUCGCAGUGUGUGUUUGUGCAUAUAUCCGAAACUACGGGAAGUCGGGCGACGACGGCGGAAUCUCCGGUCGCGAGCCCCGUGUACGUGAAAUGCAUUUCACAAAGGCUGUCGCACAAACCCCAGUGAAGAGCGCGAGACCAUUUCAAACAGUCGCACGAGCGCAUAGCCACUGACGAAGGCGUUAUGCUCGUCGUUUUUCAGGAAUUUUCCGCGUCGGAAAUGUGCAGUUAUCACCGCAGCGACAGAGACACGCGGAUUACUGAACAGCGCGUGUGUCACCAUGCAGACGCGCCUCUACUGUGAAAGUUUGUGCUUCGUUUGGCACGAGCUGGACUAACCUCUCUGUACAACUGGAUUUCCGUGUCACUCGCGCCUUCGCAAUGAAGAGGCGGCAGAAGCGCGCGCUGCAGAUGGCCUUCUUGUUCAUGGCAGCGUUGAUCUUCCUGCCGAACGUGGGUCUGUGGUCACUGUACAGAGACAAGCACCUGCUGAAGACGCACGAGGCUGGCGAGGCUGGGGAACAGGGGUUCCAGCUUGGCCUGGGCGACGGGCACGUCUACAGCUGGACGGAUGGUUUGAGAAGGAGAGACUGGCAUGAUAACGACAGCAUCAGACGAGAUGAGCUGCGUACCGGUAAAGGAGAACAGGGAAAGGCGUUCCCACUUGCCGAGGAUGAGUGUGAUGACUCAGUGUACAAAGAGAACGGCUUUAAUAUCUACGUCAGCAACAACAUCGCCCUGGACCGCUCCCUUCCUGACAUCAGACACCCAAACUGUAAACAGAAGCUGUACCUGGAGAAUCUUCCCAACACAAGCAUCAUCAUUCCCUUCCAUAAUGAAGGAUGGAGUUCCCUGCUGCGCACCGUCCACAGUGUGGUGAACCGCACGCCCGACUGCCUCAUCGCUGAGAUCAUUCUUGUGGACGACCACAGUGACCGAGAGCACCUGGGCACUCGUCUGGAGGAAUACAUGUCCCGGUUUGCGAAGGUUCGGAUUGUGCGCACGAGGAAACGUGAGGGUCUGAUUCGCACACGUCUCCUGGGGGCGUCAGUGGCCAGAGGGGACGUGCUCACCUUCCUGGACUCCCACUGCGAGGCCAACGUCAACUGGCUUCCUCCGCUGCUCGAUCAGAUAGCCCAGAACUCUAGGACCAUCGUGUGCCCCAUGAUCGAUGUCAUUGACCAUAACCACUUCGGCUACGAGGCCCAGGCUGGCGAUGCCAUGCGGGGCGCCUUCGACUGGGAGAUGUAUUACAAACGUAUUCCCAUCCCCCCAGAGCUGCAGGGUGAUGACCCCAGCGACCCCUACCAGUCCCCUGUGAUGGCUGGGGGGCUAUUUGCUGUGAAUCGUCAGUGGUUCUGGGAGCUGGGGGGCUACGACACUGGCCUGGAGAUCUGGGGAGGAGAACAGUACGAGAUCUCCUUCAAGGUCUGGAUGUGCGGGGGCAGUAUGUAUGAUGUACCAUGCUCCAGAGUGGGUCAUAUCUACAGGAAGUACGUGCCAUACAAAGUGCCCUCAGGGACCAGCCUGGCCAGAAACCUGAAGCGAGUGGCAGAGACAUGGAUGGAUGAGUACACUGAAUUCAUCUACCAGCGCCGGCCCGAAUAUCGUCACCUCUCCACGGGAGACCUGACCACACAGAAGGAGCUUCGCAAACAUCUCAAAUGUAAAGACUUCAAAUGGUACAUGAAUGCAGUGGCCUGGGACCUGUCCAAGUACUACCCACCUGUGGAGCCUCCACCCGCAGCCUGGGGAGAGAUCCGCAGUGCUGCAUCUGGAAUGUGCGUCGACUCCAAACACGGCUCGACGGGCACAGAGCUGCGGCUGGACACCUGUCUGAAGGAGGGCGCUGAACGAAGCUGGGCGCACGAACAGAUCUUCACCUUUGGCUGGAGGGAGGACAUCAGGCCUGGAGACCCUCUGCACACCAGGAAGGUCUGCUUUGAUGCCAUCUCCCAGAACAGCCCCAUCACGCUGUACGACUGUCAUGGCAUGAAAGGCAACCAGCACUGGAGCUACCGCAGGGAUAAGUCUCUUUACCACCUGGUGAGCAGCGGUUGCAUGGACUGCAGCCCUGCUGAUAAGAGGAUUUUUAUGAACAAGUGCAAUCCGCAGUCAGAGACGCAGCAGUGGCUGUUCCAGAAAGUCAACUCCACCAUCCUGGACAAACUCAACAGUGCCACCAGUUCCUAGGAGCCUCAUAUGCAGCCAGCCAGUGAACUGGCUCCCAGAAUCCUUAGCGUGGAGCUAGCUGUACGUAGUGUCUGAGUGUGGCCCCCUACCCACGAGGCGCCAGAGCUAAUGAGGGAGGGAAGGCUCGUUAGCGAGGGAUUUGGGACAGAACCGAGCCUGGGAGAAGAUGGGGGAUACGCCCACACAGACACCUGUCAGGUGUAGGAGAACCUGUAUACAGCCAAGCUCCCUCUCUCUCUCUCUCUCUCUCUCUCUCUCUCUCUCUCUCCCUCUCUCCGUCU